AUGUCUUCGGCAACUACAUCCUCAUCACAAAAUGGUGCGGCAACCUCAUCCAACUUGCCAACACACUCGCAACAAGCCCAGGGACAGGAGGAUGGAAACGCAGCAGCAGAAGUAAACGAGAGUCUAGGUGAAGUACCCUCGAACAAGCUUUGGACAACCCCAAAUCAGCACGACGAACAACCUCGUCCCAGCACCGGUCCAGUUCGCAGAAACCCCUUCAACGAAUCCAUCGAGCUAGUUUCAAGUGGAGGAUUAGGCGGAGGAAACGGUUCUGCACCAUGGACACCCUCGUCGACUCCCACGAACUCUGGAAUCGUACAAGCCAUUGAAGCCACCGAACGAACCCUUCAUCGCAAUCAAAAGCGCUCUUUAGCCGGCAUCGCACUCCGCGCAUUCCUCCUAGGUGGCACGUUCUUCAGCAGCACUGCCUUGACGCUAUACCUCAGCACCCAAAGCAGCUCACCACUAUGGCGUCUCCCGUUCUUUCUCGCGAGUCUCUCUCUCUUCCAUUUCCUCGAAUUCUACAGCACGGCAUUUGCCAACCCAGCGAACGCAGAGGCGUCUUCGUUCCUGUUGAGCAGUAAUGGAUGGGCGUAUAAUGCUGCUCACACAGCUGCGUUCUCAGAAUGUUUAAUUGCACAUACAUACGGACGUCGCAAAUUCUUACCGCAAUUCCUUCACAGUCUCAUCCUACUGGCUGGUCUUUCACUCGUCUUCUUCGGCCAGAUAAUCCGUACUUCAGCUAUCAUCCAAGCAGGCCCCUCAUUCUCCCACCUCGUCGCACAGAGGAAGAAGGAAACGCAUGUCCUUAUCACCAGCGGUAUCUACUCGAUCCUCCGACACCCCUCCUAUUUCGGCUUCUUCUGGUGGGGAAUAGGCACUCAACUUGUCCUCGGAAACGUCUUUUGUUUGCUAGGCUACAGCGCUGUACUAUGGAAAUUCUUCAGCGCGCGUAUCAAAGGCGAAGAAGAAUUCCUGGUCCGAUUCUUUAAGAAGGACUAUGAAGAGUUUAGGAAGAGAACUCCGGUUGGGAUUCCGUAUAUCAAGUAG